GGCAUUGUUUCUCCUCCCCAGACAGAGCUGGAGGAUAGAAGGAAAAAAUGGAGCGGUCUUUGCUGUGGAGGUUUUUAAUACUCUUGCAGCUUUAUGUUUUCGGUUUUGUCCCCGCGUCAGGUCAACAGUGGAAGGAAAUUAGAGACAAGAUAGCCAAUGCAGUUAACAGGCACACUCCGUGCAACCCUGUUAACUGCAGUUGCCAUUUGAGUGUCCUACGAGACGACCUGCGGCCCUUUAAAGGGAGAAUCUCUGAGGAUGUCAUGGCUACGACCGUCCAGAGAGGGGUGGGCACCCACUACCAGAUCAUCGGUCACAAGCUGUACAGGGAACACAACUGCAUGUUCCCCGCCAGGUGCAGCGGGGUGGAGCAUUUCAUCCUGGAGGUGAUCGACAGGUUGCCCGACUUGGAAAUGGUGGUAAAUGUGAGAGAUUACCCUCAAGUCCCCACCUGGGUGCAACCGACCCUGCCAGUCUUCUCUUUCAGUAAGACAGCGGACUACCAGGACAUCAUGUACCCAGCGUGGACGUUUUGGGAGGGAGGGCCCGCUGUGUGGCCCAUAUACCCCACUGGACUGGGAAGAUGGGAUUUGAUGAGGGAUGACCUAAAAAAAUCUUCAGCACGGUGGCCAUGGAAGCAGAAAGAGUCAAAAGGAUUCUUCAGAGGCUCCAGGACCAGUCCGGAGCGCGACCCUCUGAUCCUUCUGUCCAGAGAGGCUCCGGAGCUGGUGGACGCAGAGUACACCAAGAACCAGGCCUGGAAGUCGGAGAGGGACACACUGGGGAGUCCCCCGGCCAAAGAAAUCCCACUGGUAGAUCACUGCAAAUACAAGUAUUUGUUCAACUUCCGAGGCGUGGCGGCCAGCUUCCGCCUCAAACAUCUCUUCCUCUGCGGUUCUCUGGUGUUUCACGUGGGGGACGAGUGGCAGGAGUUUUUCUACCCCCAGCUGCAGCCGUGGGUGCACUACAUCCCGGUCAAGCAGGACCUCUCCGAUGUCCGGGAACUACUCCAGUUCGUCCAAGAGAACGAUGCUGUUGCGCUGGAGAUUGCCACAAGGGGUAAAGAAUUCAUUGUCGACCACCUGCGGAUGCAAGACGUGUCUUGCUACUGGGAGAGACUCCUCACAGAGUUUGGCCACCUUCUCGCCUACAAACCCAGGAGGAGGGAGAACUACAAACAGAUCGUCCACAGACCCAGCAAGACGGAACUAUGAGAGCUACAGCCGGCGGGACCGGGGGGGCUGUGGUGAACUCUAGAUGAUGAAUGUAAUCGCUGCACCACUGCGCCAUCAUUUCUCUUUUGAAGAAGCGCCAUGUGCCAGCUAACCGCUUUUCUUUUGUCUUCCCCCAAUGUAGCUAGUGUGAAGUUUAGUCAGUAUUUGUUUGUCAUAGUUGUACCUUAAUAUGUUUAAUGUGGAUGUUGGUGCACAGAUAUCAUAUUUUUACAAUCAAACACUUAAAAUGAUGCAGGCAUUACAAGCUAAGGUUGUGAUUCUACAUUUUACACUCCCACAACUGUGGAGCACAUAUAUCUUUAAAUUGAAAUACAUGAAGCGUGAUGCUUCCUGCUACUCAAAUAUCCACCAAGGAUGUACCAAUAAUAAUACUAGUUAUGACUGCUGCCAUAUUGUGACAUAUUUAAUGAAGUUGAAUGUAUUUCAAGGCAUUUCUAGAAACUGAUUGGGAUUCAUUUUUUGAAUAGAGAUAGAUAUACUUUUUUUACUCUACCCACGUUUGUUGAUCUAAAAGUCCACAUCUAACCUGGUCCUAUUAUUUGUAUUGUAAAGUGGCAUAAUAUUGAUUCUUAAUUGUAUUCCCUGUUUAGUACAGAGUUUGUUGAUGGUGAGGCGCUCCUCUCUGCUGGACAACCGAGGAAACUGCAGCCUUCAAGUGUCCCCACGACAUGUCGGGUGGAAACUACUUGUUUGCUGCAAUUAUGAGGUCAAUGUCUUCCGUAUGUUCAAUAACCAGUUAUUAAUAAGUACUUUCACUAAGUGCCAUUGGUAAGCAAUAAUGACAACAAGAAAACCAUUGCAAUAUGAUUUUUUUGUCUUUCUAAGAAAUACCGUUUGGAUCUUGCUAGAUGACGGAUAGCUGAUAUAUAGUUGAAUAUGUUGUAGUAUUCAUACUGUGUAUAUCAAUGGACUUUUAGAAUGGAUUUUUUUAAAGUCAAUAAACAUUUUGUU